AUGGGGAAGAGCAGAUUCUUUCAAAACAUUCAGGGCAUUGAAACCCACUCUGUAUUGGAGGUUUUCAUCUACAUGCAGUUAGUGCUCUUCGCUCCUAAGGGCUUGGUGGUUUUCUCCCCAGGAAAGCUCGGGGUGAUGUUUGCCGCGUGCGAGAUAAGCAGGUGUCCAGAGAAACGAGGGAGAUUAAAAGAGAAAUGUUUUUCUAAACUACAGAGAGUGUUUGAAGAAGAGAGAAGAGAAGCUGUCUUCCCCUUUUCCACCUGUGCCUCGACUGAUGUAGUAGAGUUAUUCUUCAGGAAUGCAGAGCUUGCAGAACUUUACAGUUCUCACACCUAUCAGCUAUUUUCUGUCAUUUCACCGGACUGUUUAAUCUAUUUUAUUUUUUUCCCCCUUCUCUGGCAGGUUACGUUAUGGCUAAAGAAAAUACAUGGGAGUCAGCCUAUUCCACAGUAUGAAGUGAAUGCAAGGACAGUUGAUAUCUUGUAUAAGCUUCUAGAAUGCAAUGAAGCCAGAGACAGGGAUGUUUCUUUGCUGAUAGAGGACAUGAAGGAGAAGACAGCAGAAUAUAAAGCAGAAGCUAACUAUCUACAGGGCCUUCUCAUAGAAACCCUGCAUCUUUCUCCAGCCAAUCUGUCCAGAGAAGGCGCCAGUUACCUCAAAGCCCUAGUAAACAGUGCAAUGGCACUUAACACAAAGGACACUUCUCUUGCCAGCUUCUUCUGUGCCAUCAAUCAUAUGACUUCGGAGCUGUACACAACAGAAUCAGAAAACAGAGAACUGGAACGGGAAUUGACCAACCUCAGGAAAAAACUAACUGCAGCAUUGAUGCUAGAAGAGAAAUUAAAAGCGGAUCUUAAACAAACAGAGGAAUCUCUGGAAAUAGGAAGGGCCAGAGCUGACAGCCGAUCCCAGAACUUGAAGUUCCUGAGAGAUAAAUCUGAGGAUUUAAAAAUCAGGAUCAAGGCUGCUGAGGACCAGCUUAUUAGCUCGGGGUUAGACCAGUCGCUGACACAUGAGGCACUCGUGAACCUGUCUGAGAAACUGGCUAGAGUGCAGGAAGAACUUGUACCUUUGAAGAAGAAACUGGAGUCCUACCUAGAUUUACCUCCUAGUCUUGCCCUUGCACAAGUGAAGGUUGAAGAAUUAAAACGAGAACUGAAUGCCUUGGAUGCAGAGUUCUCAAAGGAGGUUGAGAAGCUGACUCUUUGAGGUGCCAGGGCCCAGUAAACUCCAGUUCACCUGAAGUGGCCUGCGUGGAAGACUUCCCUUCUGCUGUCUAUUUAUUUGCACUAGUAAAACAUUUUGGAAUUCUUACUGUACUUCUGCAGCUUUCUGCCUUAACUCUUCUUGCUGUCAGAGGGCACACUUGUGACCUGCCAGCAAGCGUGCUCAUUUUUAGGGGUUCGUGUAGCCUUGCAUUUGUAAACAUCACCUACUUUUCAUAAAAUAAUCCCGCAAUUUACUGUUCUCUUUAUCAUUUCUUUUUCCACACGUGAUGCAUGCCUGGAACUGGCCUCCAGGUGGCACCUUCACCAGGAGGUGUCCCUGUCAGGAUUCGGUUGACCAUUGCCGCUUAGAAUUGAACGGAUCCGGAAGUCUGGUUUUUGCCUCUUGCCCUGUCCUGGCUCUGGGUUGUGCUUUUUCCUGGCGUCCCCUCUUUGGUGGUGCAAGUACAGCGAUGACAGGCUCUCUCCACAUUGGCUUUUCCUCCCCUGUUUUGUUUUCUCUUGUCCCCAAGCCUGAAUCGCCACAUAACAUUUUUUCCAC